AUGAGGGAGACUAAACUGCACAUCCCCAUGACCACCGCCACGGGCGAAACAAUUGGCAUCGUCGGAAUCCUCGCACAGAUCGCACUGCCGCCACACAACCCGCAAGAACACGAACCGCAUCCCGUCUACACGUCACGUUCCACCACCGCACCCAUCGAACCUUUCUCUCGUCAUAUCCAACAGGGCAACCUCAAUCGGCCCGACAUCUCCAACGACCCUUCCGCUUCCGCUCAUCUUGUGCACCGCUCGUCUCACUUUGUCGAGGACGAUCACGCCACAAUGCAGAGGUUACGGCACAAGGAUCAGACGUUCAAACGUCGAGGCUACCCGAUCUAUCCCAUCGACAAGCGCGAUACGCGCGGUCUCAAGAUCGCGCUCAUCUUGCAUGGUGUGCUGGCGCACAAGGAUCAGAUCUACCACAAACAGCUCGCGCGGGCGUUGCCAGUCGACUCGUUCCGCUUCGAUUUUCGCGCCAACGGUGAGACUCCCGGCACGUGGUCGAUGGGCAACUUGGCGGAUGAUGUCGAGGACCUUGUAGCUGUGGUUGACUAUCUCAGGACAAAGUUGGAGUAUACGGUGGAGAUCAUCAUUGGACACAGUCGAGGCGGGCUAGAUGGCUUUGCUUGGUUUGCGAAACACUGUCCUGAUGCUUUGCCGCCUUCGUUGCGCGUUCCGUUUUUCGUGGCACUUAGUGCGCGCUUCAACAUGGCCAACAUUCACGAGCGCGAUCCUGUAUACCUGUCCGCGUUUGCGAAGGAAGGCUUCUUCCGUUGGCAGGCACGCGUAGCAGGUCAGGAUAAAGAGCUGCACGUCUACCCAGAGCAGGUAGAGCAGUUUGCUGCUUGGCCAACACGCGAGAUCGCGCUUGCCUUUCCCUACAACACGGAUGUCCUCUUGAUCCAUGGCACAGCGGAUAAAUCCGUCCCCGCGUCCGACGUGACCUCGUACGGCAACAUCUUGAGUGGCAUCCAUCGACGGCCUGGCAGCUGUUCGGUCAAGUUGAUCGACCAUGCUGACCAUUUAUUCCGAGGCUUUUAUCCUCAGGUUGUCGAGGCCAUCGUCGAAUGGUUGGCCGAGAGGUCCGAGUUGACAAAAAUGGGCUUGGGUGCAGCAGCAAUUAGGGAUAAAGAAACGUUGGGUCUCGCCAGAUUUAAUCCGAGUCAUUUUGGGCAGGGUCGCGCCGCGGGCAGUCAGCUUUGGGAUAAUAAUCUGGCUGGCACCGUGGGUGGUGCAGUGAGGGGAGGUGGGCUGGGUGCACCUUUGUUGGAUAACACUGGAAUCAGCGGUGCGCAACGGCCAGCGCUGGGCGCGUCAAUCUCGCCUUUUCAGAGGUACGUUGCGGCGAGUGUGGGUGGCGUGCCGAGUCAGCCAAAACAGGAGCGUAUGCCGCAGGCGGACGACUCGAGGGCGGCAAAGGAGGAUAUGUCGGAUACGGCAAACAGUAUCCUUACCGCCGAUCAGCGGUCACCGACUCCGACAACACCGGUAGAGCGGCCACCAGCAGAGUCACCUUUCCAGUCACAGCAUGCCGCAUCGAUCGCACCCAAGAUGUCGCAGGAUACGCUGGGAACCGGUCAUGUCGCGACUUCUUCGCACGCACCGGCAUCCACAACCGCAUCCACAGAUGAGGCCAAUCCAAACCACGCAAGCAUCGCCGUCUCGUCACAAAGAGCCAAGUCGCGCUUGUAG